AAGGACACCUAAAUCCGAAGCAGGACUCUAUUGUGAUUCAGACGUGCCUGUGGGUGCUUUGUUUUGUGGACAUGUGCAUGGUAGGGUUGUUGUUCAUUUGAACUGAGAAACUGAAAGUGUUGUGUGUGUCACUGUGUGUGCGUGCUGUGUGUCUGAAGGGUGCGUGUGUACGCAGGGGGUUAGCAGGUAUGUCGAAGAGAGGAAAGAAGAAGGACACUGGAGAUGGGGAGCAGGACAACAGUGCAGCCCCCCCUGCCAAAAAGGGUAAGAAGGAGAAGGAACCCGAGGCCCCCAUUCUUUAUGAAGACCCUCCAGACAAACUGAGUACUAAAGAUGGCCGCACUGCUAACAUGAAGAUCACUUCAUGGAACGUGGAUGGGCUGCGGGCCUGGGUUAAGAAGAAGGGAUUGGAUUGGGUGCGUGAGGAAUUGCCAGACGUCAUCUGCCUGCAGGAGACCAAGUGUGCAGAGAAGUCACUCCCACAGGAUAUCACCUCCAUGCCCGAGUUCCCCCACAAGUACUGGGCUGGCUCUGAGGGCAAAGAGGGCUACAGCGGCGUGGCCAUGCUGUGCAAGACAAAGCCCCUCAACAUCACCUACGGCAUCGGAAAAGAGGAGCAUGACAAGGAAGGGCGUGUCAUCACUGCAGAAUUCCCCAGCUUCUUCCUUGUCACGGCCUACGUGCCCAAUGCAGGCAGAGGACUAGUUCGUCUCGACUACCGCAAGACCUGGGACGUCGACUUCCGAGCCUACCUGAGCGAGCUGGACCAGAAGAAACCCUUGGUACUGUGUGGCGACCUGAACGUAGCCCAUCACGAGAUCGACAUCAAGAACCCCAAGGGCAACCGCAAGAAUGCUGGCUUCACAGCCGAGGAACGCGAGGGUUUCACCCAGCUGCUUGCCGCUGGCUUUGUCGACAGCUUCAGGGAGCUGUACCCUGAGCAGGCCAACGCCUACACCUUCUGGACCUACAUGAUGAAUGCCCGUGCAAAGAAUGUGGGCUGGCGUCUUGACUACUUUGUGAUCUCUCGCAGGCUGCUGCCGUCACUGUGCGACAGCAAGAUCCGCAACAAAGUGAUGGGCAGCGACCACUGCCCCAUCACCCUCCACAUCACUGUGUAGUCCUCCCAUGUCUUUCUUUUAUCUUGUUUGGGUUGCUUGGAGGUAUUCAAGCCGAGUCCUGCUGUCUGUGUUGACUCUCAGGUUCCUUCCCUACUUUCCUUGUUUUCUAUUCUGCUCCAUUUCCAUACCCUGAACUGCCUUGUAGCCGACCUAUAUUUCCACCCCCUUUCACUUAUCUGUUCUGUC